ACAGCAGCAUCAAAGCUUAGAAAUGGCAUCGACCAUGGAAAGAAACUUGAACGGGUUGAAUUCCUGUGGAAGUCAGAGCCAUGUGGCGGAUCCUGUGCCUCCAGUGAAAUGUUCUCCAGCUGUCAUAGAAAACUUUGUUCUGAAUGCCUCCCCUGUGGACGCACAUGCAGCAGAGAGCUUCAUCCACCAAGCCAUGGAACUGAUUAUGGAUGAGGCAGUGAAAAAAGCCACUAAUGUCAGAGAAAAGGUUUGUGAGUGGCGCUCCCCCGAGCAGUUGAAGGAGUUGCUGGACCUUGAGUUGCGAGACGGAGGAGAGUCUGAGUCCAAGAUCCUGCAGCGCUGCAGAGAUGCCAUCAGAUACAGCGUCAAGACCGCCCAUCCUCGUUUCUUCAACCAGCUGUAUGCUGGGAUGGAGCCCUACUCCAUGGUGGCAAGCUUCAUUACUGAAGCAGUCAAAACCAGUCUGUACACAUAUGAGGUGGCUCCGGUCUUUACACUGAUGGAGGAGGCUGUGCUGAGGAAGAUGAUGGAGAUGAUCGGCUGGGAAGAAGGAGGAGAUGGAAUCUUUAACCCAGGUGGCUCAAUGUCCAACAUGUAUGCUGUGAACUUAGCCAGGUACCGUUACUGCCCAGAUGUUAAAGAGCUCGGCAUCUCUGCAGCUCCACGACUGGUCAUACUAACAUCACAGGAGUGUCAUUACUCCAUUUCCAAAUCAGCAGCUUUACUGGGAAUCGGCACUAAGAAUGUUUACGUGGUUCCAUCUGAUGAGAGAGGGAAGAUGAUUCCCUCGGCUCUGGAGGAGCAAAUAAAGACGGCUAAAAGUGAGGGUGCAGUUCCCUUCAUGGUAAAUGCCACAGCAGGGACCACAGUGCUUGGAGCUUUUGAUCCCAUUGAGGAAAUCGCAGACAUCUGUGAGAAGUACAACCUGUGGCUGCAUGUGGAUGCAUGCUGGGGAGGAGCGGCUCUGAUGUCUAAUAAACAUAAGCACUUGCUGAAGGGCAUCCACAGAGCCAACUCUGUGGCCUGGAACCCUCACAAGAUGCUGAUGGCGUGUCUGCAGUGCUCUGCUUUCCUGGUCAGAGACAAAACAAGUCUCCUCCAGCGCUGCCACUCUGCUCGGGCCUCCUACCUCUUCCAGCAGGACAAGUUCUAUGACGUCAGCUAUGAUACAGGAGACAAGUCCAUCCAGUGCAGCAGGAAGCCCGACGCCUUCAAGUUCUGGCUCAUGUGGAAGGCUUUGGGAACCAGAGAGCUGGAACAGAGGGUGGACAGAGCCCUGGACAUGGCCAGGUAUCUUGCACAAGAGAUCAAGAAAAGAGAAGGUUUCCAUCUUGUGAUGGAGCCUGAAUUUGCAAAUGUUUGUUUCUGGUACAUUCCACCAAGUCUGAGGAGGCUUGCAGCCAGCCCCGAGCUCUGGGAAAAACUCCACACUGUGGCCCCAGUGGUGAAAGAGCGCAUGAUGAAGAAGGGCAGCAUGAUGAUGGGCUACCAGACCCAUUGUGACAAGGCCAACUUUUUCAGGAUGGUGGUCAUCAGUCCUCAGGUCAGCAGGGAGGACUUGGACUUUGUCCUAGAUGAGAUCCACAAUCUGGGAAAGGACUUGUGAUGAUUGAUUAGCCGGUCUCCUGCUCUUCACUCAUCUACGUCUGGGUAGUGGACAAUGUGUGGAUCAUAAUGAAAAGAUUUAGAAAAGGGAUCUGAAAGUAAACCACAAACCUGUUUCUCUGUCCACAAACAAGUACAACUUCAAUAAAUCACACAACAGUUUUACAAAAAAAAUAUAAAUAUGUUAAAAUUUACAUUUACUUUAUACUCACCGAGCACUUUGGUUUUGUCAGCUGUUCAUUCAAGCUGCUAGUCUUCUGUUCUACCACAUCCCCAAGGUGUUCUACUGGAUCCAAGUCUGAAGACUGGGGAGGCCACUGAAGUUCA